UCUCUCUCUCUCUCUCUGCCUUCCUCCUUCCUUCCCCCACCCCUCCAUUGCAGGCUGACUGAAAGGCCUCAUUCAGGUCAAACUUUUCCCCAUCCAAAACCUAGAUAAGAAUGGGGCAAGCCACAGGGCAGCCAGUCCCUGAGUGAAUGCCAACUUUCCUUCAAUCUAACCCUAUCCUACGCUCGCACACCAGGGGUAUCCUAGAAUGUUCCUACCACUGACCACAUGAGCCAGCCCCGUGUCCUUCAACCUGACCCCGUGGUCUCACCCCACACCCUGCCUCCUAUAGCUUGACUGGGAUGUCGUCCCCCUGUCCUCCUCGGGGGGCCUCUCUCUCGCAUCCCUCCCAGGGAGACCGUUCUCAGCUGGCAGCUCUGACAAAUGCUGCUUCCUACCCCUUGACUCUCCGCGAGCUGCAGUGGGACUAGGAGCCUGAGAGGAGGCUGAGGUACACCCAGAACCUGGGAAUACUGAUUCGUGUCCCUCAGCCUAGCUCUGUCCCUCCUAAUACACACACAUACAUGUUGGCACACAUACAGUGACUCCUAGUUGACACACAGUUGUACUCUCCAGUAUCUACUGGUAGACACCCGCAACACAUACAUGCCUACACACACGCACAUGCUCUCUUGGCCAAGAAUGCUCCCCUCCUCCAUCCCCACCGCCUCCCAUCUGGCGUCCCACCCUCACCCCCCUCCCAGCCCAAGGUGGGGACAGACACCUGAGGGGCUGCCAGCUACUUCCUCCACCAGGCCAGGCGCACCUCAUGCUUCUUGCCCAUCCUGUCUGCAGGGGACUCGUGGGGCAUGCUAGCUUGCCUGUGCACCGUGCUCUGGCACCUCCCUGCAGUGCCAGCCCUCAAUCGCACAGGGGACCCGGGGCCCGGCCCCUCCAUCCAGAAAACCUAUGACCUCACCCGCUACCUGGAGCACCAACUCCGCAGCUUGGCUGGGACCUAUCUGAACUACCUGGGCCCCCCUUUCAAUGAGCCUGACUUCAACCCACCUCGGCUGGGGGCAGAGACUCUGCCCAGGGCCACUGUCAACUUGGAAGUGUGGCGAAGCCUCAACGACAAACUGCGACUGACCCAGAACUACGAGGCCUACAGCCACCUUCUGUGCCACUUGCGCGGCCUCAACCGUCAGGCCGCCGCGGCUGAGCUGCGCCGCAGCCUGGCCCACUUCUGCACCAGCCUCCAGGGCCUGCUGGGCAGCAUCGCGGGUGUUAUGGCGGCACUGGGCUACCCGCUGCCCCAGCCUCUGCCCGGGACUGAGCCCACCUGGGCCCCUGGCCCUGCCCACAGCGAUUUCCUCCAGAAGAUGGACGACUUCUGGCUGCUGAAGGAGCUGCAGACCUGGCUGUGGCGCUCAGCCAAGGACUUCAACCGGCUCAAGAAGAAGAUGCAGCCUCCAGCAGCUGCGGUCACCCUGCACCUGGAGGCCCGUGGCUUCUGAUCUCUGGCCUGUACCACCUCCUGUUUCCCCUCCCCCGCCAACCCUGCUCCCACUCUGGGAGGGAGAAACCUGUGUGCCAACACUUGUUGAGCCAGGAAACAGAAGCCAUAAGCUUCUGGCCCUUCCCGGACUUGGAGGAGGGUGUGAUGCAAUAAGGCCUCCCCUCAACACACACUCCCCAAAGUUCUGCAGGUCUGGGGAAGAGGUGCAAUAGGCCCUGUCCCGAUUCCACAGGAAGUGAUGCUCAAGGGACCCCGACAUGUUUCGAAUCAGUGCAAAGGCUCUCGCAGCCUCCUGCUUCCUGCCCACCACUUGCCAGCGCCCAACCAGCCCCUCAAGUGGCACUUCCAGGAAGCAGGCAUGUAGGGCAGGGAGGGGACCACCACAGUACGUGCCUUUCUGGGGUCAAGCCCUUUGGCUGCCCCACUCUCCUUAGGUGGGUGUUGCUCCCCUGUCCCCAGUUAACUCCAUACAUCCAAUUCAGGAAACAGACACAGUGGCAAGUCUAAACAGGAAGAGAUGGGAUUAAAAAUGGAAGAGGUGGGGUCUGCAUCGGAGGGAAUACCGAAAGCAGAGGGGCAGAGACAGAUCAGACCCGGGGGUCGCUAAGGCAAUCGUGGCGCAGGGUGACAACCAAAGGACCUUGCUUCGAGUUUUCUUGCCGGCAUCACAGUGCCUCCUCUCCGCCCCCUUUCCAGGGUAUCUGUGGGUUGCCCAGCCUGGGGAGGGCAACCUUAGCCACAGCCACAAGGAUUUCCUGAAAGUUUACAUUGCAGUAGCAUUUCGGGGUGCGGGGGGCGGCUCCCCCAGGCCCUGCUCCCCAGCCCCAACCACUCAUGACUGUUUGUUGUAUUAAUAUUUAUUUAUUUGGAGAUGUUAUUUAUUAGAUUAUAUUUAUUGCAGAAUUUCUAUUCUUGUAUUAACAAAUAAAAUGCUUGCCCCAGAAGCA